CAAAUAAGCAGUGAAUUAUCAUAAAUACUAGUAGUGUUAUGGUUAUAUAUGUAGAAAGAGAAAGGCAGUGUGUGCGCGCAUAGAUAUUGGAUUGGAUUGUGAGAUCCUACUCAUUUCUCGUCUCCGACCGAAGCAUAGAGAAGAACAGAUUCAGUCGCCGAGAUUAACCUACUACUUACUCGUUGGACCAUACCAUAUAUGUUGUUUGGGGUUGGGCAUUGGCCGACGUGAGUGAGUGAGUGAGUGGUGAUAUUCAAUUGAAAACUAAAAGCAUCUCACCAAAUACCAACAACCACCGGUGCUACUUCCUGAUUCACCACUCCCGUCGGAAACCGCCCUCUCCGUUAGAGGCAGAGGGAGAGAUGUGAAAUUGUUGGUGGACAGAAGACAACAAAAAUGGCAGCUGAGUCUAACUCAGGGUUUUACAGACAAGACACUUUAGCCUCGGCGCUUCUCAACCGCCACGCCAUUUCCUUCCAGUCUGAACCGUUAAAUAGCACCACCAGCACCAGCACCACCUCGGAGAUGAUUCCCAUGGGGGGUGGGGGUGGCUCUAACAACUACUUUGGGAUGAAUAUGUUGGCUGGAGCUCACAAUUCCACCAUCAUUAAUACGGCUCCGCUUCCUCCUCCUCCUCAAGGAAUUAUUCAUGUCAAUUCAUCUGCUGCUUUUAUCGACUCGGCAGCACAACCUGCCCUCCAGCAUGACACCGGUUUGGCUGUUGAGUGGUCUGUUGACGAACAGAUCAUUCUGGAAGAGGGCCUUUCCAAAUUUGCUGAUGAGCCAAGUAUAAUGAAAUACAUCAAGAUUGCUGCCACCUUGCGUGAUAAAGCUGUACGUGAUGUUGCUUUGAGGUGUAGAUGGAUGACGAGAAAGAGAAGGAAAGCGGAAGAGUAUAAUCUGGGAAAGAAGGUCAUUAUUAGAAAGGAUAAGCUAGUGGAAUCAUCCUCUAAGAUGAAUGUGCCUUCAGGUCUGCCGCAGAACAUGGGUGUCUACCCACUAAUGAUACAACAUGCCAACCAGGAUGAACCAUUUUCUUUUGAAGGAAUAAGUGGUACAACCAGGCAUUUGUUGGAACAAAAUGUUCAAGCUUUUAGUAAAAUUACAUCUAACCUUUCUACCUUCAAGAGAACUUCAACUCUACAACUACAGUUACAGGAUAACAUCGAUCUCUUUUGUCGCACAAGGACCAAUAUUACUGCCAUCCUGAAUGACAUGAGAGAUAUGCCUGGCAUCAUGAGCCAGAUGCCACCUCUGCCUGUAUCUAUUAAUGAGGAUCUUGCAAAUAGUUUAUUACCGAGCACAACUCAGUCAAUGAUGUUUUGCUCGCCUAGUGGGAUCCAACUGAAGCAGGAGCCAAGAUGCUGACUGAGAAAUUGUUCUGGUGGAUUUGAUUUAUCCGGUUGGUCUAAUGUAAGUACGAAAAUCUUACUGUUGUAAAUGCUAAGUGGUUUGGUAGGAGGCGGUUCUUCCUUUUGUUGUACACAUACUUGUCAACUCACGGGUCCCCCAAUGGAAAGAUUUGUAGAGAUCCCAUUUUUGGUACCUGAAACGAUGAUCUGAAAAUAAAAAUGCAAACUGCCCAUUCCAGGGAGAAGCUCUAACCAGAUUACCUUUCGGUUUUUGAUGAAUUUUGUGCUGAAAUUUCUUGUGUACAAAUGUAUAAGACAGUACCUUGGAGUGGAAUAUUCAGUGCUUGAUCUGUAA